UGUGGAGGCCAUAAAUGAAUUAGAAAAUGGAGUAAGUGGUGACUGAGGCGGAGCAGAGGCAGUCCUCCCCCCGUGACGUAAUAGUGUCAAGCCGGCCGUCGAGUAAACAUCCCUGCGCGCCAUGCUCGUCAAGGAAUUAUGGCUCGGAGGAAAGGAUUAGUGACAAGGCAAUCUGAGGGAGGUGCCCAUUGAGUAUUAUGCUUACACAUGCUGCCUCAGAAAGACUUACCACGUACCUAAAGACUAAUAUGUAAUCUGAAGGGUAUUUGGGCCAUGGAUCAAGGUAUCAGCCGAGUCAUCCUGCCACUCACAGUAGAGGAGUACCAAGUAGCGCAGCUGUACAGUGUAGCAGAGGCAAGUAAGAAUGAGACUGGAGGAGGGGAGGGCGUUGAAGUGCUGAAAAAUGAGCCUUUUGACAACUAUCCUCUGCUGGGCAACAGAUACAGCAGUGGCCAGUACACCUACAAAAUAUACCAUCUUAAAAGCAAAGUGCCCGGGUUCAUCCGCAUCCUGGCGCCUGAAGGCUCUCUGGAGGUACAUGAGGAGGCCUGGAAUGCUUACCCCUACUGCAGAACCAUCAUCUCUAAUCCAGGCUAUAUGAAGGAAGGGUUUCACAUCACAAUAGAAACCCUCCAUGCCCCGGGUGACGGUCAGCUGGAGAACAAUCCUGGCUAUAUGAAGAAAAACUUUAUCAUUUGCAUUGAGACCCUUCAUGCACCUGAUAUGGGGACCAUGGAAAAUGCUCAUGAGCUCACUGGAGAAAAGUAUAAAAUGCGGGAAGUGGUGCCCAUUGACAUCUCUAAUGAUUCUGUCAAGACUUCAGACUACAAGGCGGAUGAGGACCCCACCAAGUUCAAAUCUGAAAAGACUGGCCGGGGUCCAUUGAUAGGCCCUGAGUGGUGGAAAAAGUGUGACCCGGUCAUGACAUGCUACAAGCUGGUAACUUGUGAAUUCAAAUGGUUUGGUCUUCAGUCUCGUGUGGAGAAGUUUAUUCAGGACGUUGAGCGUAGACUAUUCACAAACUUCCAUAGGCAAGUGUUUUGUUGGAUGGACCGAUGGCAUGGGAUGACGAUGGAUGACAUUCGCCGGUUAGAGGACAAAACUAAGCAAGAACUUGAUAAACAAAGAAAGGUUGGUGAAGUACGAGGCACCAGAAGCGAGUAAGUCAGUAUUCCAGACACAUAGCUGUUGCAAGAGGACUGUAAUGCUUCAAGUACAUCUGCUGUCUUUAGGGAAGGUCUCAUGAGUUUAUGCUGGAAGGUCCCACAUAACACGGUGCAGGAUGGUAGAGCAGAGUUGCGUAGUGUAAUGCCCUACAAUUGAGUUGUUGUGGAUAGGUUUUACUGUGAAUUAAAUUAAAUAUCAGUGUGUUACUCUGAGCAUAUUUGUUGGAGUGGAUUAUAAAGUCUAUAGGGAGGUGUAUUUAUUAUGUAAGACAUUAUCUAAAGUUUCAUGUUCAGUUGGCAAUAGAAAGCUUGAGUCAUUAUUGUUACCAUGAUGAUGACAAUUAUCAUUAUCAUCAUCAUUAUUAUUGUUAUCAUUAUGUUAUUAUAUUGUAAUAUUAUUAUUAUUAGUAGUAUUAUUAUUUUGUCUUCUGACAUCGUAUUGUAUGAAGAUAUGCUGUCAAUCUAUAGCUUUGUGCCAGUGUGUAGUAUUCAGGAAUAUGAAAUGCUCAUAUCAUACAGGGUGUCUGCAAAGUUCUGCUCUAGUUUAACCCGCUAAAGGUUCCAUAGAUGGCAUGCAUUAAUACACAGACUGGGUGGCAGCUUGCCCUACAGGAGCUGUCCAGGAGUGGCACCUUCCCUCACUUCGUGGCUCAUGUCAGAAUCCAAAGUCAGUGAUCCUAUAUCAUUUAGUGUCUUGUAGUUUAUGUCAUUGUUUAUUUAUGAAUGUGUCUGCUCUAUAAAGUAACUCUUGUGCAUUCUGACAUUCUUCAAAACACCUUCCACAUAUUACCAGCAUUGUGAGUGUAGUUUUGGGCAGUUGCUCUGGUGCCUGUAGCUCUGGUGAUUUGGCUCAAGACUUGCCUUUGGGUGUUCACUGUAUCAUGAAAAUAUCUUGAACUUUACAUGAAACAUUAACUGCCAUGUUUAACUGCUGAAUGAAGGGAGUGAAAAUAUCAAGAUAUAGAGGGUAAAGAUUCUGGAUCUUACAUGCAUGCUUACUAUUAUAGUUUUUAAAAUGGAGGUCAUCUAGCAGUGCAAAAAUUUAGAUGGACUCAUCAUCUACCUAAUCCCAUCAGGGUAAAUAAGGACAUCAAUUGAAGAGACAGUGAUGAUGAGUUCUCUUUAACUUUAAUGAGCCAUGACCCACCAAUGCAUAUACCCAAGUUUUUAUGUAGAUAUUAUCUUAAAAGACAAUGUGUGAUUCCUGAGUAGAUUCAAUUAACAAGGAUGAAAGAGUGGUGUGCUUAGUUGCAUUCAAACAUCACAGUUUCAAUUCACAUCCCAGAGUGACACCAGGGGGGAGCUUCAGGCCACUGCUCCUUUCUCAUCAUUUGAUUCUUUGAUUAUCUUGACAGCUUGACCUUGACAUUCAUAUUGUUACAUCUGCAAACUCACUGCCAUAUGUCCCAUGUUUGAAAGUUGGUCUUCAUUACAACUUGAUCAUAUUUACUGGAAGAUAUAAAACCAGAAAUGUGAACUAAAAUGCAAAUUUUCUGUUAACCUUACAACUUUGGCAAAACUUGGGAAACUGGGAGAAGAAAUAUUUAAGGACUGAAAUUCUAAAUAUUGCAAUCAAGUCCUCUUUAUUGUAGAUGUUAUUUUUAAGUUAUAGAUAUUCCCUAUCAUGAAAAACUUGAUCUGUCUGCACCUGAAAAUAUUUCUUUGGGAGUGAUUUAGAUACCGAGUGUUUUUCUUUGUAUACUUUAUGAUUUAACAAGUAAGUAGCAUUCCAUAUUGGAAAUCACUGCAUUACUGUUCAUACUAAGUUGUAACUGGCAAAUAAUUAUGUAAAACCUA